AUGUCGGCCGCAAGCGCGACGGCCGCUUUCCUGUCACUUGACGGCUCGCCGCAGCUCCGUCAAGCCCCGUUUCUGUCACAUUCGGUAACAUCCAAGUCAAGAUCCUCCAGCGCAUUUCUCCGCGCAUUCCAACAGCAGUCCCACCUGAUCCUGCGCCAUUCUCUCAUCCCACGCGGACGCUUUUCUCAUCCCGGUCAUCCCAAUGUUCCCGUGCAUUUAAACCUGCUGCCGCGGUUGGCGCUAGAUUCCCGGCCGCUCCGGGCGGCACGUGCAGCAGCUGCACCUACCCCAGUUGUUGCCGCGGCUGCGGCGGGUCCACGGGGCGGCAGCGACGGCGAAUACGACAGGAAUGACCAGUGGGACGACUCGCGCCCUCGUCGUUCUGAGGAUUACGAAGAUGACUAUAGCGAGGAUUUCUUUGCCAGCGACGUGGCGUUGCCGCCUGGCGCGCGGUUCGGGAAGAGAGACCAGCCGGAUGAGAGCUGGAUAAACGAUUCUGAUUGGUCGAGUGGAUCCGCUGGGCCGCGCGGGGGCUCGCAAGGAGGGGAGGGGGGAGGAUCUGGCGGAAGGCGGCUGCAGGGGGGCCGUGGGGGGGUGCAGGGGAGGGGCGGGGGAAGGAGCGGGAGAGACGGGGAAAAUGCGGGGCCGGGUAGGGGGAGGAUGAGGGGAAGCGCUGGCGGGGGGGAUGGCUGGGGGGAGCUGGAGGAGGCGGAGGGAGCAGCGGAGAGGCGCAGGGUUUUAGAGGAGCAGGGGAUUGCGCAGCAGCGUCGGCGUUUGGGGUUUAAGGGAGGGAGGGGAGGAUACGGCGGUGGCGAAACGGGGAGGUUCCGGGCGGGGGAAGCAAGAGAAAGGAGCGGCGCUGAGAGGGAGGAGACUCGUCUUGCACAGGGGCCAGGGUUUAGGAGGGAGAGGGAGGGUUUACCUGAGGGGAGGAGGGAGGAGACGAGUGAGAUGGGGGUGAGAAGGGAGGCGCGAGAGGAGGGGUGGAAGGCGGCUGGGAGGGAGAGGGGCUAUGGUAGGGAAGGAAGAGGUGGUGGUGGGUGGGUUGGGGAGUCCAGGCGUGUGGGUGGGGAAGAGGAGGGCUUGGAGGAAGGGGACACGAGGAGCAGAGGCCCCAGCGGCGGCAGCAGAGGCAGCAGAGGUGUCAGCAGGCGGCAGUGGGGGGAGUAUGGGGAGGAGGAGGAGGACAGGGGUGAAGCCAGGACAAGGUCGUUUGGGACAGCCGCAGCAACGGGGGGAGCGACGGUGGCAGCAACGGCAGCAGCAGCGUCAGCAGCAGGCGCAUCCCUCCUUCCCCUCACAGCAGCGGCCCCUUCUCCCCCUGCCCUGCCUUCCGCCCCUUCCCCUUCCCGUUCCCCUUCUCCUCCCCCCUCCACUUUCCCCUCCCCUUCCCCCUCCCUUUCCCCCUCCCCUUCCGCCCCCCCCUCCGCCUCCCCCUCCGCCUCCCCCGCCCCUGCGCGCGCCCCCAAGCUGAAGCUGGCGCGGCCGCGGGGGGUGCCGUCCCCAGGGAAGCCGGGGGAGGGCGUGAGGCCAGGCGUGCCGGUGUGCUAUGGGUGCGGGGCGGAGCUGCAGACGCGUGUGGAGGACGCUCCUGGGUACAUUCCCCCUGACCGAUACGAGAUGAAAAAACGUCACAAGCAGCUGCGCUCUCUCGUGUGCACGCGCUGCCAGCAGCUCUCCCACGGCCGCAUGGUGGCAGCCGUCACGGGCCACGGCGGUUACCGCGUAACCGGACCGGCGGACAUGUUUGUGACAGCGGAGGCGCUGCGGCAGCAGCUGACGUACGUGCGGGGGGAGAAGGCGCUGGUGGUGAAGCUCGUUGACCUCGUUGACUUCAGUGGAAGCUUCCUCUCAAGGAUCCGUGACAUCGUGGGACCGAACCCCAUCGUUCUCGUCAUCACCAAGGUGGAUCUGGUGCCAGAGGGCACACACAUGGACCCGGUGGCGGACUGGGUGCUGGCAGCCGUGGCAAAGAAGAAGCUCAAUGUGCUGGCGGUGCACUUUGUGAGUGCCAAGGCGCGCACAGGGCUGUCGUCAGUGGCAGCCACAAUCCAGCGCGAACGCCAGGGACGAGACGUCUAUGUCCUGGGAGCGGCCAAUGUGGGCAAGUCCGCAUUCAUCUGCGCUCUGCUUGACGAGAUGGCGAGUCGGGACAUCAUGGCAGCAGCAGCUCGGCGUCGUCGCCCCGUGGCCUCUGCCAUGCCUGGGACCACCCUCGGGCCCAUCUGCCUCAAGGCCUUCUCUGGAGGCGGGGAUCUGUACGACACGCCCGGGGUGCAUCUGCACCAUCGCAUGGCUGCCAUGCUGCAUCCGUGGGAUCUGCACCAACUCGGCCCAAAGCGACGGCUGAGAUCGUUCGUUGUUACCGGGCCUCUGGACCAGCAGACAGGCGCAGGCAAAGGAAAGGAAAAGGCAGAAGAGAAAGGCGUGAAAGCGGAGGAGAAGGGGGAGCAGGAAGGGAGUGUGGAAGGAGCAGGAAGGGAAGGGCGUGCAGAGGAGGGUACCAGCGGAGAGCAGAAGGGGCUACAAGGCACCUCUCUCUUUUGGGGCGGCCUCGUUCGGAUCGAUGUGGUGAAGGCGCCAGCUGGAGCAGCUCUCACCUUCUUUGGCCCCGUGGCCAUCCGUGUGUCCUCCGUGUUCACCCCUGCCGCCGAUGCCUUCUAUGAGGCUGAGGUGGGUCGACUGCUCGUGCCGCCAUCCAAGCCAUUGGAGGAACCAGCUUGGGAGGGGCUGCCGUCGCAGCGGGCCUUCUCCUUCCGCCUGCCUGCCAAGCGCUCCAGCCCGGUAGCUGACAUUGCAAUCUCCGGCCUGGGGUGGGUCUCCUUGUCUGGCGUAAAGCCACGUCAGCGCACCAACCCCGAUGCUGACGUGUCAUCUACUGACGCCACCACCAGUUCACAUGCUGCACACGUGGAGCCUACUGGCACUUGGGAUGAUCCCAAUGCUGCUAACGACGCUCACGGCGAUAUCGCUUGCUUCGAAGACCCUGGUAACCAAACACUGGGCAACGAUUACAAUGACAACGAUGGCCAUGGGAGCAGCGGUUUGUUUGGGAAGCAAGAAAGCGAUGUGGAGGUGGUGGUGCAUGUGCCCAAGGGCAUUGAGGUGUUUGUGCGGCCUCCCAUGCCUGUUGGGUGGUUUGCCAACGACUGGUAUCAGUACGACGAGCUCAGCGAGAAAGAGGAGAUGUCGCGACCUCGGGUGUUUCAUGAUGAAGCUUAA